GGAAGCGCCUGGAGAGGGAGCCCGGAAUCGGAAAGAUGUUCUCCCUGCGUCUGGUGACGGCGGAUUAUUACCUGGCUGCCCCGCUGUCUGGGCUGGAUGUCACCACGUCCCACUUCAGAGACUGCCCGGUGCGGAGAGUACCCGUGGUGAGAGUGUUCGGGGCAACCCCUGCAGGUCAAAAGACGUGUCUGCAUCUCCAUGGUAUCUUUCCUUACCUGUAUGUGCCAUAUGAUGGAUAUAGGCAGCAGAAUCCGGAGCGGUACCUUCGCCAAGUAGCCUUUAGCAUUGACAGAGCACUUAACGUAGCUUUAGGGAAUCCAUCAGCCAAUGUACAGCAUGUAUUCAAGAUCACAGUAGUGUCUGGGAUACCUUUCUAUGGUUAUCAUGAAAAGGAAACGCAGUUUAUGAAGAUAUAUCUGUAUAAUCCGGCAAUGGUGAAAAGAGUCAGCGAGCUGUUACAAGGUGGAGCAAUAAUGAAUAAGUGCUACCAGCCACACGAGGCCCAUGUCCCUUAUCUCCUUCAGCUUUUCAUUGACUACAAUUUAUAUGGAAUGAACUUGAUAAAUCUCGCUGCGGUGAAAUUCAGGAAGACCUGGAAAAAAAAUGUCGCGUUGAUUGGUGAUGGAUCAUUAAACCGAAGUGUGCAUAAAGAAGCAAUCCAUGGAAGCUCCUUCGCUGGUACCUUUGCCCUCUGGGAAGAAGAUGAAAUUCCAAGCUCCUGCAUGUUGGAGGGUGUGGAACCACAGAGUACCUGUGAAUUGGAAGUGGAUGGUGUAGCAGCUGAUAUCUUAAACCGGCAGGAAAUUGAAGCUCAGAUAGGGAAGAAUCCGGGGCUGCAGGCCAUAUGGGAAGAUGAGAAGCAACGUCGCCGAGAGAAUAACCGGUCUUCUCAAAUCAGCCCACCUGAAUCACAAGAUCGUGGAUUUGUGGCUGUAACAGAAAGCGAAAAAAUCUUCCAGAAGAGACUUAAGGAAAUCCUCAAGCAAAAUGACUUCUCUGUGACGCUGCCUCACCCGAUGGACUGCAGCAGUGUGUCGGACGAUUUCUCUGCCGAGCUGACUCUGCAUUCUCAGUUUGAGUCCCCCGAGGGCAUCCCCUGCACAUCGGCUAACGUGGUGGAGGUUCACAGAGAUCCGAAGCACAGAAAUGAAGAGUGUGUUGGAGAAGACCAAGCAGAUGCUGUCAUUGAUGAAGAGGCUAUUUUAAAUGUCAUGGAAACUAGUCAAAGCUUCCAACCUUUGUCCCAGAGACUGAGUCAGUCUCCAGUUUUCUUGGAUAACAGUCAAGAUAAAGCCAUGGUAAAAUUAUUAGCCGGCCUAGAGGACGAUGGGUACCAAGUGGACACGUCAAGAAGCUUAUCACAGCACGCUUUUGCAAAAUAUAGCAACAUGCAGAAUAGCGAUGACGAGGAGAAUGAGCCCCUGUUGGAGAAGGAGGAGAUGGAACUGAGCAUACUAAUGUCUCAAAGAUGGGACAGCAACACUGAGAAGCAGAAUGCCAAGCAAAACAAGAACAUCGAUGGGAGCUCCUCAGAAGAAGAAGAUUCUACCGAUAGUGAAAUGGAAUGGAACAGUAACUUGCUUCUUGCCAAUCUUUCCAUACCACAGCUAGAUGGAACAGCGGAUGAAAAUAGCGAUAAUCCUCUGAAUAAUGAAAACACCCUCACCCACUCUUCUGUCAUUGCAAAAAGCAAGCUAUCAAAGAGUUCCCUCUUUCAUAAAGAUGUUGCCUCGCUGGAGCCACAGUCUUCUGCUAAAACGGCCUUUCAGUGUCAACACACAAGUGCACUUUCCUCCAGUGUUCUGAAGAAAGAAGGGCUGAUGGAGGAGCUCUCAUCUGCUUUAGAGAAGGCACCCGAACUUUCCGUCCACUCUUUCCCAAAAGAUAGCACUUACAAUCUGAAAUAUCCUGCACCGUUUAACAGUUCAAACCACCCAGAAGUCCUCCCUAAAGACAGAAGCAAAACUGAUGUAGUUACUGUUCCUUCAAGUGAAAAGAACAUCUACGAAGAAGGCAUAUCUUCAGUGACCAGGCAUUUGCAGAGUAGAAAGUUUACCAGCAUCAGGAAAGUUGAUAAGGAUACUUUCUUACAUGUAAACCGUCACGGCGUUGAAAGUGCAGGGGAUAGAAGCUCAAGAAAUUUUACAGAAAUGGGCAACAAAGCAAAAAAAUCUGCUGAUAUAAAUGAUAAAUGUAAUAGCCCUCCCCUAAGUAAUUUUUUACCUGCAUCCAUAAAUGAAAGCUGUGAAAUGAUGCAGUGUGCAGAGGGAAGUCGAAUAACCGCACACCCCGUGGACUCCAGCACUAAUGAAGGGUGCCUUAAUAAACUUAAGGUGCGGUAUGAGGAGUUUCAGGAACACAAAACUGAACUGAAUAAUUCCAAUCAGCAGGUGACCCAUUACAAGUUUUUCCCUAGUGUCGUCCUUUCAAAUUGUUUAAACCGACCGCCAAAACCUACGCCGCUGUCAUCUAAAAUGGAGCCCCCUAAAAAAACAAGACUGAAGCUACCAAAAAAAAUAAAGGCUUCCGCAAACAAUGAAGCUCCCAAUGAAAAUGAUGUGAAAAUGAAUGUAACCAAUGCUGGAUCCGUAAGCUUGUCUGACAAACAAAGUGAUAAAGCUCAAGAAAGUACCGUACCUGAAAAUAUUCAAAUGGACAGUUCCACCUACCCAGACUCUGUAGAUUUAAAGGAUAUGGGAUCUCCAAAAGACAGCAGCUAUGCACCAGGGAAUGCAUGUAGCAAAAGUCCACCAGAUGUUGACAGGGUUCCUUCUUGUGAUUUAGCUGUAAUGAUGGAUGAUUGCGUGUUUCAGACAAAUAGUUGUAAUAUUAAUAGCUUUCCAUGUCCUGUUGAGGAAGCCAAUACAGAUUGUGACCCAUCUCUUGCACUUUAUGGAAAUAAGUACACCUUAAGAGCAAAACGGAAAGCACAUUUUGAAAGUGAGGAUAGGGAAGAAAGCCCAGGUCUGCACACUGCUAAAUUAAAUCUACCUCAGCCCACUGAAGACACUGAAGAUGUUCUAAAUUGUCAAAAGGCGCGCAAGCGCAGGAAAGUAUCGACUAAGCUGCCUCCAGUAAUUAUCAAGUACAUAAUAAUAAAUCGGUUUAAAGGCAGAAAAAACAUGCAAGUCAGACUGGCAAAGCUUGAUCCAAGUCUACAGCAGGUAAAGCUCACAGAGGACAAAAUCCAAAUGUACAGCAAAAUGGCACCUUUAAAAAACUUCUGGCCCAAAGUGCCAGAUUCACCUGCAACCAGAUACCCGAUAUUUCCAACAGCACCAAAGAAACCACAAAAAAGAAAAACAAAGCCGAAGUCCGCAAAGAAAAAGCUUGGGGGAAUUCCAAAGACAGAGGAUAAAAUAUCAGUAAAUAAAAAUGUACCCUUAAGAAGGAGACAAAAGUGUGCUUUUCUUGCUCCUCCCAUACCAUCUUAUAAUACUGAAACCGAAGAUUGCGACACAGAUUAUAAGGAUGUCAUGUCAAAGCUUGGUUUUCUUACAGAGAGAAGCCCAAGUCCGAUACAUAUGUCUCCUCCACGCUGCUGGUCUCCAACUGAUCCAAGAGCUGACGAAAUAAUGCACAGUCCUGUGGAAGACACCCCUCUUUUUAAAUGUUCUGCUGAAGGCAGCGGCAAGGGAGAUGAUUUCAGUUCUGCUAAAAAGAGGCAAAGGAGAAUGCAGACGAACAAAUCUAGGAAGAAAAAUGUUAUAAAUCCUCACUCUGCAACAAGCAAGCAUGUGAACAAAAUCAGCCAAUAUCAGAUGGGCACAGAUGGAAAAAAACAGAAGGGCAAAUCAAGACAGAAGAAAAGCGAGAAGGCACCAAGAAAGCACACAAAGAUUAAAGACAGGGUUAAAAAGACAAGUACUCAGCAUGGGGAAACUAUAGGACCUCAGUCACAGGAUGAACCUGUAACACAAACGAGUGAUGAUGUACAGAUGCCAUCCUCCAGCCAUCCAGAUUUCACCUUAUCUGGGUUUUCAAGUGGCCAUCUCCAUUCUACCCAGCUACCCCCCACAGGCAGCGUGCAAGAAAGCUCUUCUGGCUGUAGUCUCCCCGCAACUCCAAGUCCUCUGCAAUACCAGCAGAAAGAUAUCCAUUCUUUUCCAUCGAGCCAAGAAAUGGGGCCACAUAAAGUUGAUUUAACAAGGGCACAAGCUUGUAGCGUGUUCCAAAUGAGGGAUUUGAAUUCAUCUCAAAACACAAUACCAAAUUCCUUUUCCAGUUUACCUCAAAUAAUACAAAAUGCGCAAUUUACCUUGGGUAAUGCACUUCUGAAUAAGGAAGAUCCUAAUGAUGCUCAAAAAAGACUUUUGUCCCCUAUUGGAAAACUGAAAGAAAUGCAGGGAUCACCUGACUCUUUGGCUUUUGAGACGUUGCAGUCAAAACUUUUCCCGUGUAUAUUUAACAACCAGCCGCACACGGCCAAUUCACAAGACCCAGCAAAGCAGUGUGAUUCAAAUUCUUUCAUCCCAGAGACUGUUCGGUCGCCUAAGAAUGGUCUCUCAUCACCCAUCCGAAGCCCUGUCAAAAUGUCUCAAUGGGAGCAAAUACAAAAGGGAGAAAUCAUUGAUGCAGCCCAAGCUGCCACACAGAAAAUGAGUCAAAAUUGUUUAAAAGAGAUUUUCUCCUGCACAAAAGCCAUACAGAAAACCACUCAUGGAGGUUCUCCACAAGCAAUUGACGGGCACUCUGGAAUUGCUGUUCUGAAGGAAUUGCUUCAUAAAAAACAGAAAGCAAAAGUGGCAGAUGUACUAGAGUCCAUUUCAAAGCUUAAAGGAAGUUUCACUUGUCCUUCAGAAGCAAAAUGCUCAAGUAAAAAAUCACAAUGUGCAACCCCCAAUAAAAAACCAAGAGCUCCAAGAAGCACAAAACCCAAAGGAGCAAAAAAUUUGAAAACCAAUGAGGUAAAACAUAUAAAUGAUCACCAGACCAAAAGUUCUUCAUCUGAACGAAGCCCUGGGAUUUUCUCUGACCCUGGCUUUCAAAGCUGCUAUGCGCUAGAGGACAACUUAUCUCCUGAGCAUAACUAUAAUUUUGACAUAAACAGUGUAGGACAAACAGGUCUAUGCAGUUUAUACUCUGGGAGUCAGUUUAUUCCAGCUGAUCAAAGUUUACCUCAGAAGUUUUUAAGCGACCCCACUCCUGUCCAGGUUUCAGAAAACGAGAGUUCAAGUCUUGAAAGUCAGAACUCGCUGCAGAAAAUACCACGGACCCCAGAUAUGAAGCCUCUUCUAAGACCAAGUUCUCUCAGCCCGGAUUUAUUUGAAAGGUCAUGUAUUGAUAUUAAACAGAGCCCUCUACUUAACCAGUGGAAUAAUGGGUUACUUAUGCAAAGUGUCCACUCUCAGUCCCCAAAUGAUAGACUUAAGAACCAACAGCUAGAAGACUGCCCCAAAGACAAGUUUAAGCUAAAUAAAAAAAGUAUUCUGAAAGAUGCUACAUUUAAUUUUUCGGAGCAUGGCUGGGGUGUAGCAGGUACAAAUUCUCCAAGUAAAGAUGGCACAUUUGAAGCUUGUCAGCCUCCAAAUUCAAAUUCUUCCUUUAAUGGCCUUCUUUCUUCCCCAGAAGGGGAUUUUAUGGAUUGUGUGUCGGAUGACUUAGAGUUGUACAUUUCAAGGCACAGUGGUGGCUUAACACCAUCUCCAGACAGUUCACCAAGAUCAAUAAGUUCCCCAUCACAGUCCAAAAAUGGGAGCACAACACCUCGACCUGUUCACAUUUUAAGACCCUUGAUGUCUCCUCCAAGUCGUGAAGAAAUUAUGGCAACGUUAAUGGAUCAUGACCUAAUGGAAACCAUUUAUCAAGAACCAUUUUUCAGCAACCCUUCAGAUGCUCCAGAAAAGCCAAAAGAGGUCGGAGGGAGGAUUCUUGCAGUAGAAACCAAGUUACCAUAUCAUCUUCCAGAAUUUGAAGGCGACUUCUCAAUGGAAGGGUUGAGACUUUGGAAGACUGCAUUUUCUGCGAUGACUCAAAAUCCCAGACCAGUCUCUCCAACUCGGAUGAACCGGCUCCUGGUUGAACGAGAGAAGGCUAAGGCCAAUCGUGAAGAUGAUAAAAAGCUGGUAAUAAUGCCUUGUAAAAGCGCACCAGCUCCUCAGAGGGUUGAGAUGUGGAUUCAAGCCAAGGAGCUCUACGAGGCCACUAAGGGUAUUUGCAAGGAUCCCCCAAUCCAAGAAGCUAAUGAAAGCAAUUGUGUUAAGACUACUCCUUUACCUAAUGGAUGCAACAGCUUGCCCCCAAAAGAAAUCCAGCUUUUGGUGGCAGAACCUGCAAGUUCAGAAGGUCUUUUGGCUAAUGAAAAUAAUGUAACUAUUCAUUUUGCUAGUUCCCCCCCUGCUCUUCAUACUGCAGACUCGGAACUUAUUGAAAGGAGAAAUGAUUUGUUGCCUAGUACAGCUGAAACAGAAUCAAGUGACAUGACUAAUGCUACAGACUUGGAUAAUUCAACUUCUCCAGAUUCCCCGAUAUUACCCCCAUGGCAGGAUCCGGUAUCCCCAGAUAGCAAAGAUUUUAAAAAAGAGAAUAUUUUAACAUCUCCAGCUGAUGUUUUUGGAGCAAUGAACUGUCAAAGUCCCGAGGGUCUAGUAAAAAACGAAGUGAAAGAGUUCUGUGCGCAGUCUCCUUCCCCAUUUAAUCAGGACAAGCACGCAUCCAAAUAUGUCUGCUUACACAGUACUCCUGUCAUAGAAAGAAAGCAGGAGGAAGCAGCCCACGAGGCACUCCUCUGCACUCCUGUGACAUCAGAACCAAGAUGGCAAAAAAUGAGUCAGAGAAGAGCUAAUCCAAAUAAACUGCGAAGGGUACUAUUAACAACUCAGAUGAAGAAUCAGUUUGCGGCUAUGGCACAUGUGAAAAAAGAAACUUCUCAGAUAGAAGGACCGUCCCUCAAUAACUCGUAUGGAUUCAAAGUCAGCGCACAAAACCUACAGGAAGCUAAAGCCCUACACGAGGUGCAGCACCUGACUCUUAUGUGUAUGGAAUUACAUGCAAGGACGAGACGGGACUUGGAACCAGAUCCAGAAUUUGACCCGAUCUGUGCUUUGUUCUACUGCCUGUCUUCAGACUCACUGCUACCUGGUAGCAACAGGACAGAGAUUACUGGUGCCAUUGUGGUUAGCCAUGAGGCCACAUCUGGUGAAGCUAAAAGAUCAGCUCCACUACUUACCAGAUCGGGUGUUUCAGGAUUUGAAGUCACAUAUGCAGCAGAUGAGAAGGAGCUCUUUGAGAAGUUGCUAGAUCUGGUCAGAAGGUAUGAUCCAGAUAUUCUUCUGGGAUAUGAGGUCCAGAUGCACUCCUGGGGUUACCUUCUACAGCGGGCAUCAGCUCUCGAUGUGAAUCUCUGCCAGCAGAUGUCCAGGAUACCUGAUGAUAAAAAUGAAAACCGGUUUACUUCCGAACAGGACGAAUAUGGCGCUGACACUAUGAGUGAAAUAAAUAUAGUUGGUCGGGUUGUGUUGAAUGUCUGGAGAAUGUUGAGAAGUGAGGUGGCUUUGACUAAUUACACCUUUGAAAACGUGGCCUUCCAUGUGCUUCAUCAAAGAUACCCCCUAUUUAGUUUUCGAACAUUGUCAGACUGGUUCGAUAAUAAAACAGAUGUGUACAGAUGGAGAAUGACUGAUCAUUACAUCAGUCGUGUCCGUGGAACCCUUCAGCUGCUCGAACAGUUGGAUCUUAUUGGGAGAACCAGUGAAUUGGCUAGACUCUUCGGGAUUCAGUUUUUGCAUGUUUUGACGCGAGGGUCGCAGUACCGUGUUGAGUCAAUGAUGCUACGUAUCGCCAAGCCAAUGAACUACAUCGCUGUCACUCCAACUGUCCAGCAGCGGUCCCAGAUGAGAGCUCCUCAGUGUAUUCCUCUCGUCAUGGAGCCAGAGUCUAAAUUCUACAGCAACUCCAUUUUGGUGCUGGAUUUCCAGUCCUUGUACCCAUCUAUCGUAAUCGCAUACAACUACUGCUACUCCACCUGUUUGGGACACAUAGAGAGCUUGGGAAAAAACGACGAGUUCAAAUUUGGCUGCACAUCUUUGCGUGUUCCUCCCGAUCUGCUUUACCAGAUGCGACGGGAUAUUACAGUGUCGCCUAAUGGGAUCGCUUUUGUGAAGUCUUCUGUCAGAAAAGGAGUGUUGCCAAGGAUGCUUGAAGAGAUUCUGAAGACUCGAAUAAUGGUGAAACAGUCAAUGAAAGAAUAUAAAAAGGAUAAAGGUUUAAGCCGAUUGCUUGAUGCUCGCCAACUUGGACUUAAGCUGAUUGCCAAUGUUACCUUUGGCUAUACUGCUGCUAACUUCUCUGGGAGGAUGCCAUGUGUAGAGAUUGGAGACAGUAUUGUCCACAAGGCCCGGGAGACCUUGGAACGUGCUAUAAAGCUUGUCAAUGACACAAAGAAGUGGGGAGCCAGAGUUGUGUAUGGUGACACAGACAGCAUGUUCGUGCUGCUAAAAGGGGCCACCAAGGAGCAGUCCUUCAAGAUUGGACAAGAAAUUGCAGAAGCUGUGACAGCUACUAAUCCAAAACCAGUGAAACUGAAGUUUGAAAAGGUCUAUUUACCAUGUGUUUUGCAAACAAAGAAGAGGUAUGUGGGUUACAUGUAUGAAACUCUUGACCAAAAAGAUCCAGUUUUUGACGCAAAAGGAAUUGAGACUGUUCGAAGAGACGCCUGCCCUGCUGUUGGUAAGAUACUUGAACGUUCAAUCAAGCUGCUAUUUGAAACAAGAGAUAUCAGUCAAAUCAAACAGUAUGUCCAGAGACAAUGUCUAAAGCUUUUGGAAGGCAAAGCCAGCAUGCAGGAUCUAAUUUUCGCUAAGGAAUACCGAGGAAGUUUUGCGUAUAGACCUGGAGCUUGUGUCCCAGCACUAGAACUAACAAGGAAAAUGGUGGCCUAUGACCGUCGCUCGGAGCCUCGAGUUGGCGAAAGGGUUCCGUAUGUUAUAGUGUAUGGAAUUCCUGGAGUACCUCUCAUCCAACUUGUGAGACGGCCCAUCGAUGUCCUACAGGAUCAUAACCUGAGAUUAAAUGCCACUUACUACAUUACCAAACAAAUACUUCCCCCGCUAAACCGAAUAUUUUCCCUUAUUGGGGUCGAUGUCUUCAGUUGGUAUGAUGAAUUACCCAGGGUACAGAAGGCCUUUUCCACUGUACGGAAUGAGCUGGAUGCGAGAAAAGGCACAAUCUCGCAGUAUUUCACAACUUUGCAUUGUCCAAUUUGUGACGAACUCACGCAGCACGGAAUAUGCAGUAAAUGCAGGAGUCAGCCGCAACACGUCUCGGUGAUUCUCAAUCAGGAAAUUCGAGAAUUGGAGUGCAGACAAGACCAGCUAGUCAAGUUAUGCAAGAACUGCACGGGAUGCCGCGAUCAACAGAUUCAAUGUGUUUCCCUGAAUUGUCCUGUCCUUUUCAAGCUAUCGAGAGUGAGCCGUGAACUGUCCAAGGCUCCAUACCUACGACAACUACUCGAGCAGUUUUGAAUUCUAUUCGAAGAUACCUGGUGCUAUUUCUUUCAGUGUUUAUCACUUUACAAAAACUAUUGUGCAUGGUGCUGUUUUCCGAUUGCAUUGUUUUUCAUGAUUUUUCUUAUUUAAUAUUAUUCAGUGUAACAUUUAUCUCCAUUUGAUGCUGCGAUUUACCAAGGUAUUGCUAUCUUUAUACAAUGUACAAAGAUUUUUUUCUCUCUCUCUCUCUCUCUCUCUUUAUUUCAACUUUGUAAGAUAAUAUUUUAUAGCGACAGGCGGCUAAACUAGCGAGAAUCAUCAUGUAAAUCCAUUUCUUACAAAAGCCUUUGUUUAGUGCCGGGGAAGAGGCACUGAGAUUUUACAGAAACCUGAUAGAAGAACACAGCUCUGACAUAUCAGGUAGCCGGCUUCCUCUGAAUUCUAGAGCACCCGUUUUCUUUCUAACGUUAAUUGCAAAAUAUCUUGUAAAUAUACCUUUUUUACUUUUGAAACAACCGAGUAAAAAUAAUGUGCAAUGGGGUUUUAUACAGAUCAUUUGGAAGCUAGUAAGUAUAUUUCCUCUGUUAUGCUCCAUGCAGAUAACUUUUGUUUUGUUAUUACUUUGAUUAGACCGUGCAAAUUGUAUUCCUGUUCAGCAUUUCAAAAGUCAUUUUCAUAUAAAAAAACACAAAAAUAAUAGAAAAUAAAUCUAAAUAUAGCUGUCUUGCUUUUUAGCUGUUUAUGGGGCAUUGUGAGGAACUGUGCAAAGACCUUUUUUGUUACAAAACUGUGGGACUGUUGCAAUACUUUAAAUAGAAGAUUUAUUCCAUUUUGCUUGUUUUGUAUAGACAUUUCUAUGGUUUCUAAAUAUGCUUAAAAUAUUUUCUUUCCUUAUGUACAGUUAAAUCUUAUUUGCCAUCAUCCUGAACACAUCAGUGUACUUAGAUAAUUUGUAUAACUGUAUAAAAUGGAAAAAAAAAAGAUUAUGUGGUCAGUGUAUUGUUUUCUAAACUGGAAAUUGUUUGAAAAGUUACAAUGGAAACUAUUAAAAUGUAAUAAAAUUUC